AUGAGACCGAUCGCACCGAAACAACAGCCACAGAUACAACAUUAUAUAAAUGCUGACACUAGAGCAACUCUUAAUAAACAACGACUAUACAAUGCUCUCCAUAACCAGUUUGCACGUCUACAGACAAACGUGUCUACGUUAGAACGACAGAUCGAGACGACUUCGGAACAACUGAAACAGAUUCAAAACUUUGGAAUAUCGCAAGCCGCCAUUUUCAUGGCUUCUCAGCGCGUCUUUCACGUUCCCCAAAACGAUGAUACGACCAUGUAA